GUGUCGGUUGGUGGUUAACUUCAUUAUACCGAGCAGUGAUGAGGAGGGUUGUUUCCUGGCUAGCUAGUGUUAGGAGAAGAGAGGAAAACUCUGAGGUGUACAGGGAAGAAUGAGUUCAAGCACUGAACGUCGAGGAAUCUAUGUGGAUCAAGCGGCCCUGCUCUGCAUGAAAGGCUGCAGUUUUUAUGGCAAUUCAGCCUGGGGAGGUCUCUGUUCCAAAUGUUGGCGCGAGGAGAACCAGAAGGCACGAGCCAAGCAGAUUGAGGAGGACCACGCACUAGCAGAGAGACUGCAAAAAGAAGAAGAUGCAGCCUAUUCAGAUAGUAACCAGGGGGCGCACUCAGGGAACUCGUCUACCAAGCUGAGCAAACCAGAAGACAAAAGGAACAGUCAAAAGUCACGCACCGUCCCCACAGGAAAAAAAUUUUUCACCACGCUUGCAAAGACAACCCUAGGGAGAGAUGUCAAUGUUCCCAGCCAGCCAGCUCCCACCACCUCCAUCAGCCAGCGGCCUGUUGCAGAAUCAGACCAAGCUACAAGACAAUUCAUCGAUUUCCUGAAGACCAUACAAAAGCCUGGACGGGAUAUUUUUAAACAGUGCCAUUCCUUCUGUUAUAGUGUCGCUUACAAGAAGGAUCUUGGUGCAGAGGAUCUCUCGGAAUCUGUGCAAGACUUUUACCAGAAUUUGUCUGACCGCUUACACAAUGUCUACAAAGGGAGUCCAGAGCGAGUAGAGGUAAUAAUGGAUGAAGUGGAGAAGUACAUAACGCUGCAGUUGUAUGAACAGGCCUUCUGUCCUGAAUCUGCAGAUGAUGAGGUCAAAGACUUGGCCAUUCAGAAGAGAAUCAGGGAUUUGCACUGGGUUACGGUUCAGAUGCUGUGUGCCCCACUAAAAGAGGAGAUGCCUGCAGUAUCGGAUAGUCUGGACAAGGCUAUUACUGAUAUAAUUGAGAUGGACUCCAAGCGUGUGCCCAGGGACAAGCUGGGUCACAUCACCAGGUGCAGCAAGCACAUCUUCAGGGCAAUUAAGCGCAGCAAGAAAGAGGCCGCGUCAGCUGACGACUUCCUCCCAACACUCAUCUACGUGGUCCUGAGGGCUAAUCCGCCCCGGCUGCAGUCCAACAUCCAGUACAUCACCCGCUUCUGCAACCCCAGACGCCUCAUGAGCGGAGAGGACGGAUAUUACUUCACCAAUCUGUGCUGUGCAAUAGCUUUCAUAGAGAAGCUGGAUGCUCAGUCUCUAAACCUGAGUCCAGAGGAAUUUGAACUCUAUAUGUCUGACCAGGCGUCCCCUGACAGGCCACAGGCCCCUGGAAUCUCCUUUCCGUCAUCCUCUUCAUCACGGAGUGGCCCCAGGGCGGACAGGCCGGAGAAUGACCUCAUCGAUUGGAGAGAUGGAGCGGAGGCCUCUGUUCAGGAUGUUCUACAAGGGCUCCACCUGGACUCUUGCGCUCCGUCCACCUCUGCGAUCGACUCGGACAAUGUAGACAGUGAGGGGCUACCGCCUCCUCUACAGCCACAGGUUUUUGCUGGGUAGCUCUGUAUCGGAUCACACCACCCCACUGAGUUCCUGUGUAAUUGACUGUUGAUCUUUAACAUGCUCUACUUUGUGGACCCUGCUGACUGCAGGCUGGUCUGAAAUGAGAGAUGGUGUCCUCCUCACUUAAUCAGCAAUCUGUCUCCUUAUCUUUUCCGUUAUUAGGGGAAAGGGAUUUGCACAUGUUCGUUCUGUUACAGCUGAGCUCCACACUCUCAGCUUUUGUGUUUUUUAUUUUUUAGGUAAAACUUCACAUGUUGUAAUAGAGUUAGCCAACACUCCAGAGUGACGGUAUAUAACAGGUUUUCCAUGGCCAAGCUAACCUUCUGUUUGAUAGGCAUUAGCAACGGGAAACAAAUUAAUAGUAAGUUACAAGUGAAGUUCGUAUUAAUUAAAGGUGUCACUUUAAACAUAGAAUUUCAGUUAUACUGUAGGAAAAAAAUGUGAUUCACAUAACCACUAUUUAACAGAUCUGUUUAGUUCACUAUGGCUUUCUGGCCCUGAAAUUAGCUCCGCCCCUUGAGACAGUGAAAAGUUUCAUUUAUUUUAUUCAUUGCAGUUUGUAUGUCAAUCAGCUAAGGGCUUUAAACUUGAUAAACUGCUCCUGUAAAGGUAGCAAUCUGCAUGGUGACAAGAAGAAAGCUUCACUCCGGUUCAUGAACUCGCAGAAUAGAUCUGUGUAGUUUAUGUGAAAUUCAAAAUGGCCACCAGAUAUGGGGCACACAUGGGGCAGUUCUUCGAUAAAUUGCUCUGAUGAGCCAAUGGGACUCAACAGGAUCCUUCAAAGCGUUUAAUUGGUGUCAACCCCAUUAUUAUUGUUCUUAUUAUCCCCCGCCACGAAGUGCACAGAGAGGCACAGGGAUAUAGGAAUGGAGUCUGUCCGUCCAUCCAUCCGUUUCAAUCUGGACAAGUUUUCUCAGAAACUAUUUAAGCUGCAUCAAUGAAACUUUGCGUGUUCAUAUUACUAUUCAUGAUCCAAGUUGAGUUUGAAAAUCUUUUACGAUUAAUUAUUAUUUUCAGUGUUAUGGCCCUUGAUUUUCGUUAUUGGACUUUAUAACAAGUGGACUCAAUCUGGACAAGUUUUCUCAGAAACGACAUAAGCACCAUCGAUGAAACUUUGCGUGCUCAUACUACUGAAAAAAGCUGGGUAGCGUUUUAUGAAGGUGUCCUAGCACUUGCAUCAUAAAUCAAUAUUAAAGCAAUGGGCUUAUAAGGGUGUAAGUGUUAAGAGGUCUUCAUAAAAUGCUCAUGGUGGGGGAUAGAGAUGACCAUGUCUUGUUUAAAGACGUAUUGCACACUUAAAUAUGUUUUUUGAGCUGUAAACGUAAUGAAGUGAAAUGUCAAUAUUGACAAAAUUACCAGUUUUAUAAAAAUCGCCAUUUUGCAAGUUGAAAAUGGCUCAAAAUGCCACCUACAGGUUUAAAUAAUCCUGAACUUUCAAAGGCCGAUGUUGAUGUAGAGUCGACUGUUUGGGACUUGUAUAUGUUAUGAAAUUUUAUAGAUUUAAAAAAGAAGAAUGUUAACACACACUAUAGGUUUUGGGGUGAAUUACACUUAAAAAUUAUAAUUUAAAAAUCUGUUGAUUUUUGUACAUUUUUAAACAAGUAACCCACACCAAGACAGAGAAACGACAACGUGUUCCUGAAGAAGCAUGCAUCCAUGAGAAAUUAAAUGUGUCUAAUGAGGCAACAUGCAAUAAUUGAGCAGUAAACAUGACUUCGUUUUGAUGAAACUAGGUUUGAUUCAGUGUCCGGAAGGCAAGUGAGCAGGCUGUUCUCGAUCGUUUGAUGAUCUGUAAUUAACGUGAUCUCAAAGCUCAUUGAACGAGUGUUGGCCAACUCUCUCAAUCCUCCUUUCUUCCAUGGCAACUUUCACUGUUUUGAGGUAGCUAUAUGUAUGCACUUUUAACCUAUUUGCUGUAAGGAAAUCCACUUGAAAGAAACUAUUUACAGCAGUCACAAUUAAACUUGGUCAAAAUGCAUUGAUUGUGAUAUUUUUAUUCAUAAUAAAAUGAUGUAGAAUUGAAGUAUUAAUCAGGGAUAUACCUUCCUCUUCUGUACAAGUUUGAAUUUAUGUAGGAUUUUAUCUUCUACAAAGAUUUCAUGUUAUUUAUUAGAGUAUUUAAUUAAUUUUGUUUCAUUGAUAUUGUGAACUUGCAGUCAUUUUAUUCAGUGGAUUAUAAACAUUCAAAUUUUUAGCUGUGUGAAUUAAAUUUUAGAAUUGUAUCAUUUUAAUCUGACUUGUCUAACAUGCACACUGUGCAUUGGAUUAUAUUAUAAUUAUGCUGUUGAUGAUGCACUGUGAACAUUGUUAAUUCAGCCAACACCAGCUCAUCCCCAAAGUGCAUGUUUUUCUUGUUUCAGUACACACUACUAGUUUAAAUCCUGCAUUCGGGAUGCUAUACAAUACAGAUAUCCGCCAACAAUGCAAAGUUGAGCAGUGCCUCUAUAAGGUUUAAUGGGUCUUUUUUCUUUUUUUUUUUUUUUUUUUUUAAUUUAAACUUGCCCACUAAUCAGGAUUUGCUGAAAUAACAGCCCAGUAAAUUCAGUAGCAAUCAAUGGCUUGAAUUUUCUGCAGUUCCUGAUUUUUGAGUUUUAAAAACCACUAAAUCUAGCUUAUUCUGCAGUAUGGGAUAAAGAGCAGUCAUUUUUAAUAUCAGGCGCAGUUUUGAUGAUGCGUCAAGUAAAUCUCCGUUAUUAAGAUUGUUGUUGUUUUUAAUUAACAUUCUGGGAAGAUGAACGCCAAAUGCCUCCACUGGUAUUCGUUCAGAGUGUGCUUGAGGUCCGUGAGCCGAAAUGCUUGAUGAUAUAUGACCCAACUGUAAUUAAAGGUCAUAGGACAGGGCAUGGGUAUGUAUUAUUGAUUGUUGUAGAGUGCAUCAGAAUUAUGUAUGUAUGUGUGUGUGUAUCUUAAAAAUAAAUGAUGUAAUUUACAAGACGUUUUUUGCCACUUGCAUCUACUGUGGCAGUUCACUGUAAAGGUCAAAUGAUUGUUUAUGCAGUGAGACCUUUCAAAAGACGAACAAACUGCGAAUUAAAGCCUGAGAAUGAAUGAAGGAAUAA